AUGGCGCGUCUGCUGCGGCGAGCACUGCGGGGUCUGCUUUUGCUGGAGGCGCCCGGGCGGCUCGCUCGGGGUUGCGCGGGAUCGGGACGCGGGGACACAGGGUCUGUGACAAAGUCCAAGUGCUCUCUGAGCGAGGCAGACUGGCAGAGGAAACUGACCCCUGAGCAGUUCUACGUCACCAGAGAGAAAGGAACUGAAGCGCCUUUCAGUGGAAUGUAUUUGAACAACAAGGAGACAGGGAUGUACCAUUGUGUGUGCUGUGAUAGCCCACUCUUCAGUUCUGAGAAGAAGUACUGUUCUGGCACUGGCUGGCCUUCAUUUUCUGAGGCUCAUGGCACAAAAGGCUCAGAUGAAAGUCACACAGGGAUCCUGAGAUGCCUGGACACUUCCUUAGGAUGUCCUCGCAUGGAGGUGGUCUGCAAGCAGUGUGAAGCCCACCUUGGCCAUGUGUUUCCUGAUGGACCUGAGCCCACUGGCCAAAGGUUUUGCAUCAACAGUGUGGCCCUGAAGUUCAAACCAAGCAAGCCCUGACUGUCUGCAGAAGGCCUGUGCUUUGCCGCUCCUCGUGAAGCCUUGGUUCUGUAUCUCAGAUGGAUGCAUUGCUUUGUUUGCUGAAAGUUUAGGUGAAGGUUGUUACUGGCCACAGGGGAAUCACAGCUUCCUAGUCACCUGAAAACAACUCAACCUGACUUCCACUUGGGCCAUGGGCUUUCAACUGGCUGCCAAGGCUUUGGGUGAGACCACAGGGUGGGACCCAGGAAGAACUUCCACAGGCUCACGGGCUGAUGAGGGUUCCCAAAACUCCUGAAGGGAACCUGAGUUAGCAUCUCAGUUGAGGGCUCAGGGGGAAGAGAACAGAAGAGAUAGGAUGGACCCGGUGAGAGACCCCAGUGAAGAAGAGGAGGACGGGAGUGGCCGACCAUGGGGAACACACACCGUGGUGGAUGAGACUUGUAGUUUCUUAUCCAAAGCUUCACUGACUCAACCUUAAACUCACAAGUGGGGUCCACGUGAAUUGAGUCAAUUUUAGCGACUACGAAUAAUGUUCUCCCUCUGUUCUUUGUUACGGCAGUAUAAACUUCAAAUAUUCAAAUGAAAUAUUGAGAUCAAUGUU